AGGAGAGAGGGGUGGAAAGAGAGAUGGAAAAAGACGGAGACUGAAGGCAAGAGCUGGAAGAGGCCAAGGCGAGGGAGAAGACGGAAAAGGCAGAUGCCGGAGGCUCCGGUGCCCAGGAAGCAGGGACUAGGCUGGCUCUAGGGGGAGGGGGCCAGGGGCCCAAAGUGCCUUAGGGGAGAGGGUGACAGGCUGACCACAGGGGGAGGGGGUUGCCAGGCCCUGGUGGCCAAGCCUAGCCUGGCAUGGGCAGGGGGUGGUGAGCCAACCCCAAGCCCCCUGCAGGUGAUGGGGGAGCAGGAGCUGAGGAGGAGCAGCAGAGGGAGGGCAUGGCUGGGUGUGAGUGCUAAGGAUUCCUGUGUCCUCGGCUCGGGAAUAAAUUGACACCUGCAGAGAGCCACCCGCGGGCUGGCGCCUGGCUCCGAAAACCCCGCGUCAGCAAACAGCUCGGCGGCUGGUGGGGGGUGGGGGGGGCACCUGCCCCUCGGCCUGAGCACCCCAGUAGCAGAGCAGGGAGUGUGGGAGUUUGGAGGGGUGGUUUACAGGGAGAAGGGGAGGUGAACUGAACGGGUGGGAUGGAAUACAAAGAAAGCUGAGGUUACCCCCCCCAACCUCAGGACUUGGGUCAAAAUGCUGUACAAAAAAAAAUUUUUUUUUGUCAGAAGUGUCUGGGAUGGCAGGCCUCCCAGGCCAUUCAGGAUUGUGCGAGGGGGUGGUCCAUAGGAUUCUGAGAUACCUCCUCAAGCCCACUUCACCAUCCUUUCUCCAGAGGCCUGGUCACUAGGGCUGGGCUCUGAUUGGCCAACAAGGGAAACGAGAGGCAGGUCUUUUGGGGGGUUGUGGAUGGCCCCCAGUAUCCCCCUCCCUUCAACAUAUAUACUUGUCCUCUGUGCUAAGGCCGGGGAAGCUAGUCAUUCUGAUUCAUCCCUCUGCCUUCCCUGUCCUGCCACAAAUGGACCCCACAACCAAGCCGGUCCCUUCUGCUGUUCCUCCAGAACCAACCCCCCCAACCAGGGUUAAAGCUGCAGCCGGUUGCCGAGGUAACAUUGCGGGGCAGCAUCCCGUCGCCCGGCAACCGGCUGCAGGAUCACGCAUCUGUCCCCGGAUUUGCCCCUCCAGCAUCCCCUCCCUCCUCUAACCCCUGCCUUAAGGCACCCCAACUUCUGAGGGAGGAAGGGAGGGAGGGGAGAGGGCCCUGGGGGAGAAGCACAGAUCCUUGGGGGAAAUGGUGUGUGUUGGGGCCUGUGCAGUCCCAAGAAAGGGCUCCAAGCCUGGCCUAGGGUGGGGGUUCAGUGCCAUGAAAUUACAGCUCAGAAGUAAUUAACACAUAUAAACAAACCCGCCACUUCCUGCUAAUUAAUUACUUGGUAUUUUUUAUUUUCUCUUCCUUGUCUGUCUCAUCCCCUCCCGGGGAGGUGGGAAGUGAGGCUCCUGAGGCCCUGAGGAGAUUCUGCCUGGCUGGGAGGCGGGUGUUGAGCCUAUGGCUGGGGUCCCCAGAGGAGAAAGGGAGAGGUGGGAGGUGCUGGGUGAGGGGCGGGGACUGCGGGUGGAAGAAGGGGCAAUUUGGUCUUAAGUCCAAGACACUAACCACUUGUCUUCUUUCCCCGUCCCUCCCUGCCUGCCCCAUCCAAUGGCCCUCCCCUUCCCCGCCCUCUCCGCUGUAUUUUUCUGUCUGUCCGUUUGUCUGUCUGUAUCUUGCACGCCCCACCCACUACCCGGUCUCCGCAGGUCGAGCCUGCCAGCAUCUUCUCCCACCUCCUUCCCCUUCCCCACCCUUUGCCCCCUCCAUGGAGAGGAACAGACCCCUUCUCUGCCCCAUCUAACCCAGAUCCCUCCCCGUCCCCCCUCCUCCCUCCUUUCCCCCCCUCGCCCCCUCCUCCCCUCAGGGGCGAGGGGGGCCUCCCUCCCUCUCCCCCCCUUCUCUCUCUCUCCGAGGGGGGGGGUCCCGGGGAGGGAGGGGGGUCCCCCGAUCAGCAUGUGGCUCCUGGCGCUGUGUCUGGUGGGGCUGGCGGGGGCUCAACGGGGGGGAGGGGGUCCCGGCGGCGGGGGCAGCGCCCCGGGCGGCCCGGGCCUGGGCCUCGGCAGCCUCGGCGAGGAGCGCUUCCCAGUGGUGAACACGGCCUACGGGCGCGUCCGCGGCGUGCGGCGUGAGCUUAACAACGAGAUCCUGGGCCCCGUGGUGCAGUUCUUGGGGGUGCCCUACGCCACGCCACCCCUGGGCGCCCGCCGCUUCCAGCCGCCUGAGGCGCCCGCCUCGUGGCCCGGCGUGCGCAACGCCACCAGCCUGCCGCCCGCCUGCCCGCAGAACCUGCACGGGGCGCUCCCCGCCAUCAUGCUGCCCGUGUGGUUCACCGACAACCUGGAGGCAGCUGCUACCUAUGUGCAGAACCAGAGCGAGGACUGCCUCUACCUCAACCUCUACGUACCCACCGAGGACGGUCCGCUCACAAAAAAACGUGACGAGGCGACGCUCAAUCCGCCAGACACAGAUAUCCGGGACUCAGGCAAGAAGCCAGUGAUGUUGUUCCUGCAUGGCGGCUCCUACAUGGAGGGCACUGGCAACAUGUUCGACGGCUCAGUCCUGGCCGCCUACGGCAACGUCAUUGUCGCCACACUCAACUACCGGCUGGGGGUGCUCGGUUUUCUCAGCACCGGGGACCAGGCUGCAAAAGGCAACUAUGGACUCCUGGACCAAAUCCAGGCCCUGCGCUGGCUCAGUGAAAACAUCGCCCACUUUGGGGGUGACCCCGAGCGUAUCACCAUCUUUGGAUCUGGAGCAGGGGCCUCCUGCGUCAACCUUCUGAUCCUCUCCCACCAUUCGGAAGGUCUGUUCCAGAAGGCCAUCGCCCAGAGUGGCACCGCCAUUUCCAGCUGGUCUGUCAACUACCAGCCGCUCAAGUACACGCGGCUGCUGGCAGCCAAGGUGGGCUGUGACCGUGAGGACAGCGCUGAGGCCGUGGAGUGUCUGCGCCGGAAGUCCUCCCGGGAGCUGGUGGACCAGGAUGUGCAGCCUGCCCGCUACCAUAUUGCCUUCGGGCCCGUGGUGGAUGGCGACGUGGUCCCCGACGACCCUGAGAUCCUAAUGCAACAGGGGGAGUUCCUCAACUAUGACAUGCUCAUCGGCGUCAACCAGGGAGAAGGCCUCAAGUUUGUGGAGGACUCAGCAGAGAGCGAGGACGGCGUGUCUGCCAGCGCCUUUGACUUCACCGUCUCCAACUUUGUGGACAAUUUGUAUGGUUACCCGGAGGGCAAAGAUGUGCUGCGGGAGACCAUCAAGUUCAUGUACACGGACUGGGCCGACCGGGACAAUGGCGAGAUGCGGCGGAAGACUCUGCUGGCGCUCUUCACUGACCACCAGUGGGUGGCCCCAGCCGUGGCCACAGCCAAGCUGCACGCUGAUUACCAGUCGCCUGUCUACUUUUACACUUUCUACCACCACUGCCAGGCCGAGGGCCGGCCUGAGUGGGCGGACGCAGCGCAUGGGGACGAGCUCCCCUACGUCUUCGGCGUACCCAUGGUGGGCGCCACUGACCUCUUCCCCUGCAACUUCUCCAAGAAUGACGUCAUGCUCAGCGCCGUGGUCAUGACCUACUGGACCAACUUUGCCAAGACCGGCGACCCCAACCAGCCGGUGCCCCAGGACACCAAGUUCAUCCACACCAAGCCCAACCGCUUUGAGGAGGUGGUGUGGAGCAAGUUCAAUAGCAAGGAGAAGCAGUACCUGCACAUCGGCUUGAAGCCCCGUGUGCGUGACAACUACCGAGCCAACAAGGUGGCCUUCUGGUUGGAGCUGGUGCCCCACCUGCACAACCUGCACACGGAGCUCUUCACCACCACCACGCGCCUGCCUCCCUAUGCCACACGCUGGCCGCCCCGGCCACCCAAUGGUGCCCCAGGCACACGCCGGCCCCCGCCACCUGCCACCCUGCCGCCAGAGCCGGAGCCCGAGCCAGGCCCCAGGGCUUACGACCGCUUCCCUGGGGACUCCCGGGACUACUCUACAGAGCUCAGUGUUACCGUGGCCGUGGGCGCCUCGCUCCUGUUCCUCAACAUCCUUGCCUUUGCCGCCCUCUACUACAAGCGGGACCGGCGGCAGGAGCUGCGGUGCCGGCGGCUUAGCCCGCCUGGGGGCUCCGGAUCCGGAGUGCCUGGCGGGGGCUCCCUGCUCCCCGCUGCCGGCCGCGAGCUGCCCCCCGAGGAGGAGCUGGUGUCACUGCAGCUCAAGCGAGGUGGCGGUGUCGGGGCGGACCCUGCUGAGGCUCUGCGCCCCGCCUGCCCGCCCGACUACACCCUCGCCCUGCGCCGGGCACCGGACGAUGUGCCUCUCCUGGCCCCCGGGGCCCUGACCCUGCUGCCAAGUGGCCUGGGGCCACCCCCACCUCCGCCACCCCCCUCCCUCCACCCCUUUGGGCCCUUCCCGCCGCCUCCCCCCACCGCUACCAGCCACAACAACACGCUACCACACCCCCACUCCACGACUCGGGUAUAGGGGGCGGCUUGGGGAGGUCCUCCCUCCCCAGCUCUCCCCAGCCCAGCCCAGCCCAGGCCACCCCCAAAGGCAGGGAGAAGGACUUGGCUCCGGCCCCGCCGCCUAAGGAGCCCUCCUGCGUCGCAGCCGCCGUGGAACAGCGUGGAGGUGGACGCAGCAUCCUCUCGCGGAUGCGUGUUUUUCCCACGCUGAGAGGCCCAAGCUCCUCCCUGGAUCUGGGCCUUAGAACACCUGAGAGGGGGGUCAUGUCUCCCUCCUCCAAAGGGACGCCAGUCUUGGGUGCCUAGAAACGUGGAGGCGUCUCACGAGGUGGGCGUUUUCCCAUGUGCAGGGUGAGGUUUUUUGCGCCGCCCUGGACACAUGUUGGCCCCCCUCAAGGAACCCCCGCGGGGAUUUGUACCCCCAGAAUCUCGAUCCCACAUGCCUUCUCCCAUCUCUUCCCACCCCACCCAGCUCUUCCACCCCAGCCCCUGGAAACCCUUGGAAGUGAUGUGUUCACACGCGGUGACCCUGGAAGCCACCAGCCAACACAGGGUGGUACCUGGGAACCAUCGAGGAAAUUAAAGCCCACCCCAGCCCCCAGCAAAGCAUGAUUCUCUCCUCCCCCUCCCCAACGCCGUGGCACAAGUCAAGCAGCCCGUUCUCUCCUGGGGAGGCCCUGACGAUGGGCAGUGGACAGACACAUCUGCCGGGCUGGGGGGACAGGUGGAAGAGAGAGAAAGCCCUAGGCCACCCAGCACAGGACCUCUCAGAAACUCAGUUCCCCCCGCCCCCACCCCAGGCCGGUCUGAGACACAGUGGAAACAUGUUCUUGCAUGCAGAUGCGUGUUCUCCCAGGCAGAGGGUCCCUGCUCUCCCCAGCACCGCCCUGCCUCCCCCCCAACUCGUACCUUCGUCACACUGCAGGUGGAACAAACUUCAAAUUGGGGUUUAGGGAGUGGGAGGGACAAGUUGACAGACCCUGAGGGAAGCCUCAGGCUCUCCUUUCUGGGCAGAUGUGAACUGGGGCGGUGGUGAUGGGGUGCGUAGCCUGGGCCACACCCCAAGGCUGUGCGUGUUUGUGCAUGUUUGACCAAAGCCCUGCUUUGGGAGCUGAAGGCUCCUCUUGUGCCAAACUGUGGAGGUGGGCUGAAGGAAAUAAGACCCCCCCCCCCAAGAUGUGCCAAGGACCCGCUAAAAUCCCUGAACUGAAGCAGAGGGUAGGGUAUAGCAGCUAAGGGGGCGUCCACCUGUGUCUCUUUUCCCCCACCCUGAGUCAUCCCUCCUUCUACCUCCCUUCCUCUUGCUGCAGC